AGAACGUCUUUGGUAGUAACACGAAAGCACGUUUAUGUUUCGCGCCGUGGCUUGUGAACUGGAACUGACCAAUGUGCGGCGUCGAAAGCCCAGCCAAUCCAAUCCGUUGGCAACGCGUUGCAUUGUUUUGUUUUGGCGUCGUGCUCCCUUGAGCGACAAAUUGCCGUCGUGCGCGGUGUCUGCGGCGCCGUUUCUUUGCAGUUUCGUGCUUCGGUCUGUCUCACUUGGCGAAGCGGGCCCCGCCUUCUCCCGCCUGCAAAAGGAGGCCUCGUUGAACGACCGGCACUUGCGAGACUGCCCUUUCUGUUCUCUGCGUCGCCUCAGCAAACCAACGCCAGUGAUCGCGACGCUAUGCUCUAGAGGCCGUUUGCCGCGACCGCGCGAGGCGGGGCACCAGCGACCGGAAUGGCCCUCGCCAAGCUGUACCGGGCCGUGACCAAGAUGAAACAACCGUUUCGCUUCCUGGCCCACCUGUCCUUCUGCGGGUUGAUCAGCGGCUUUCUAUUCGUGCUGACCGGCGUGCUGCUGCUCGCUUUCUUCGGGUCCAACAUUCGCGAGGAUGAGGUGAUCAAGCGAAUACCAACGUGGAUUGGCAUCAUUGCCACUGGCAGCGGGAUCAUGUUCCUCUUUGUGGGCGUCACUCUGACCAUUUUGCUGUGCAAGCUCUUCCACCAGCAGGCAGCCAGAGAGGGAGAUAACAUGCACAUCCAACAUUUCCCAUCACAGCCGGGCCUAUACCCAGUUCAGGCUACGAACGGUGAUGCAUCCGGCGACGCGCAGGACACAGCAGAGACCGAGAAGCUCACCUGAUUCUGCUGCAGGCUACAUCUGGCCAGGGAAUUUGGCUUGGCUUGGAAGCUGACUCUGGUGGUUAUCUUGUUUGCUGGCCUGUUGAUCUGUUUCUUUCCUUGUCGCACUUGCUGGUGUCUUUUGUGGGCCAUUCCAUUUGGGCACCUCUUAUAUUUGCAUGCUAGUAGUUGUUUUGCCAUAUCUUAGAGUGGUGAUGUACUUUGCCCCACGAGCUUUUUUCUGUCUCUGGAGAAUGGCGUCCUUCCAGUAGCAUCAGCAUCAAUUGGUCGAUGCCUGCGAUUUGCUAGCUUGGCCAUGACGUGAGAUGAUACGAAUGAGUCUAGUGCGCGAGAGAUCGACCGGAUACACAUCAGCGGGCAACUGGUCUUGGUAACAUUAACAGGUCGCUUGUUCGUUAAUCCGUAAGCAGAGUUUCUAUCGUGAAAUUUGCUGACCUGUUGUCAGUUUUUUUUUUCACAUGGCUUUGCAUUUGUAGGCGAGUGAUAAGUUUGGUAAUUAGCUCCCAGUUGAUUGCACGUAAGAGAAAGCAGUGUUUGAAGCACAUAGACGCAGGUAUUGUGGCACCUGUGUGUUCCAUGCUAUUCCCCAAAAUGCUUUUUCUUUUUUCCAAAAUCAUUAAGCAACCUGCCAAAGUUUGUCUUCAUUAGGCUUUAAUAGCGGUGCAGUGUGACAGUUCUUUAUGUACAGAAAACAGACAGCUGAUGUUUAGGCAAAAUUAACUUCCUUGACUUCAUCUGUAUUUUUCAACUAAAGUUACUGACAACAUGUAUCAGGCCUUCCUCUAUUAAAUGAAGAUGCAUAAAUAGGCAUGCAUACCUCAGAGAUAAAAUAUUGAUUAGGUGCUCCGUGUCAGUGCAGCACUCACCAUCCACCACCAGAAUGUUAUGCAUCGCCACAAUAUUUUAUUUUUGGGUGCUAUGUUGAUGCUACUGUCCCUGACGCACAAUGAUCAAAACGAUCAGUAGCUGCCGCUGUUGAUAAUGGAGCCUUGUUUUUAGUACCAAAAUUGUGUGAAUCUCUGUUGCGUUUAUUUGUUAAAUGUCGUGCAUGUUUGCAAACGCAACUGUGAAAGUUGUCGAACAGAUUGUGGAUAAAAUGACAUCUGUAGUCCUUGGCUAGACACUCCCCGUGUUGCGAGAUGCCAUUUGUGUGGGUGUUCGGUCAGAUUUGCAUAGACAAAUUCAGACAAGUUGGGGUGUUCAAAGAAUACAGCAGUGUUUGAAAGCUGCACUUUGAGUAGCAAGAAUGUCCACAUAUGUGUGUUUUGAUUGCAUUGUUUUGCUUGCUCUUGCUCCGAGUGACGUCUGUGAACUGAGAGGUGUACUACACUUAUUAUGAAAGGCUCUCUCCUUCACAGUUCUCUUUUUUGAUUUGAUUUGAACACCCUGCUCAGGCUGUAACUUAGCCUUCCAGCAGUCUUCUGAGGAAUCGACAGUUUUAUACAAUGCCAUUCAUUGUGUUCAUCUGGUAACAAUGACUUCAAGGAAUUGUUGAUUAGAGUACUUGUAGUUAAGUUGCAGCGUUUGUCUACUGAAACUCAGUUGUCAUUUACUGCAUUGAACUGGGCUGCUGUCAGACCAAAAAGAAACAUGAGCGGGUAAGAACGAGCUAGAAUACAGGUUCGUUCUGGCAUUCACAAGUGUGUUGUUCUGGUGCGAUCCAUUCUAUGAUAUGCUUUAGGUAUAGGAGUGUGUCUCCCAGUCGGCAAUGCAUUGAUGCUGCAUCGUAUUUUCGAUCGAGUAUGUGUAAAUGCUAUUGUGCUCAAUCUUUUCCAAUGUACAUUUUAUUCUGGCCUUGUAGUCUGACAUUCUAGCUGCCUCUUAAGGAUAAUGAAUGAUGGUUGGGUAAGAUAGAGUGGUUAGAACACAGAUAGUAAUAAAUGAAGUUUCUCCACUACGUGUUGGUCGGACAAAUCUCGCACACUUAGCGAUGGCCAAGCACUGAAACCUGAGCACGCGCUUCAUGUGUAGGCUUGCAACCUAUGUUAGACAAAAAAAAAGACAGACAAUAAAUAGGGUGGAGGGGCAAAUAUCAUUUAAACGAAAAGCAAGUUGUGAAAAAUACUUAUGUACAACCUGAAUCGCAACUUUUCCGUAAUUGUUAUGCUUCGUGUUUAUGCCACUUUACGAAAGGCUGUUGGAAUAUGUGCAGCAGUCGUGCUUAUUAUAAACUUUAAAAUGCACUGUUGGACCUUUACCCGUGUUUGGUCUUGAGAACUCAAGCAUAACCUGCAUUUUAGUUUGUUUCUUAAUUCCCUGUGAAACUGGAGUUGUUCUCGCAGCAUGCAUUUUUCAUUUGUUGACACAAGGGCAAGGGGAAAAUGAGUAAACGUAUGUCGGGUUUAUCCUGCAAAAGACGACGUCUACGUAAGGCUGGUAGUGCCACUCAAAAACCACACAAGUGGCAACCCUACUUUUGUGUCUCGUUCACUGUGCAGCCAACGAAAACUUGCCAUAGGAACUGGCUUUUGACUUGCAGAGCACCUCUUGCGAGGUCUAACAUGUUCUCCGUUGCUACUGUCCUUGAUGCAAUAUCAGAGCAGUGGCAUUCGCCAUGUUACGUUUCAGCGACAAUGUUCCUUCAAACUUUUGAGAAAAAUGAACAACUUAAGUGACAGUCUGCCAUUGCUGGAAAGGUCCAAUUGACCCCACUCGAAGGUAGGAUUGCAGCUGGUGACUUCAUUUGUUAUUCCUCAGUACUUUUACAGCCAUUUCUCAGUCAUUUAAUCUUAGCCCAAUUGAAGGCAUUACACAUUUCUCCUGAUGUGCAUAAUUUAUAUCCUGUUGCCAUGUCUUAUGGGCAAGGCAUGUCCUAACAUAGUCAUGCGAUUUACCUCAUUAUUACAGAAAGCUUUCUCACUGCAUGAUAUCUCCGUCUGUUUGUUUUGCAUAAACUGAGUUCUAUUGAAAUGUGCCAUCAUAAUCACCUCCAGAGCUUGGCUGUCUUGAAAAUUAACUACGUCUCGGUACUAUAUCUGCACAAGACUGCCCUUUGCUUCAACGUUUGAAAAAUUAGGCUGUCACCAUUGUCUUGUAAACUGCUGCCAUCGCAGGUUGCGAGAUUCUUGGGAAGGAAAGAAAACUUGUGUUCAGUGUUUCGUUCUCUUUCUUUCCCAACAAGCGGGAAACAUUGCUAUCUCCCUCACAGUUUCUUUGUAGAAUUGAUUAUCAUGGGAUCAUUUUGAUAACAUGUCCCUGCUUGAGACUUUUAAAUCUUAAACUCCAGCCAAUUAGCGAGCCACAUUGUGGGUGAAAUGCAUGCCGAUUGGUAUACACAAACAUUUUGAGCCACAACACAAAGUUGUGUUUGAUAAAUGCCUUUGGCACAGGUCAAUGAGCAGGUUGUUCAAAUUUGUGUGUGCAGAUGUUGAUGCACAAGGCUUACUCACUAUAGCUCAUAGCGGAUGUGAAAAGUGUUGUGAGUGUUCAUUUUUUCGCUAGUGUUGAUAGGAUGUCUUGCGCAUUCUUGGAAUCUUUUUAAAUCUUGCAGUGAUCAUGUAAUGGGCUCUUCUCUACAGAACAUGUUGCUGAGUAUUGUCCGUUUCACUUUUACCUUCUUACGUACAGUGCUAAAAGGACAUAAUAUGGCAAGAAGCGCAGAAACGGGACAAAGAUGAGAGAAACGGAUAACACGAGCUAUGUCAGGUUAGCAGUGCAUGUGUCGACCGUUUUUGUUAUCUCUGUUCCAUUUUCUUUCUGUUUUGCCGCAUUACGUUGCCAUACCAACAAGCCUGGCUAACAACUAUGCUGCAAAAAAAAAAAAGAUGCAACGAGGGCUCCACAUUCAGUGCCAUUGAUUUUUGUCCUGGCUCACAUAGUGAUCAAAGCAUCCUCAGACAGUAACAGCACCGCACAAUUUUCCACCAUUCAUAAUAGCACAAUGUGAGUGAAUUGUUUUGUUUUACACGAUAAGGAAGUCUCUCUUCUCAAGGUCUCCAUGCCUUUGUGAUUUAGAACAGUGGGGCACUAUAAAUACCUCAUGAAUCGCUUCAUAACCGAACAUAUUUCAAGCAGAUUACUUCACCCUCUAGAUGCUGAAAACAAGUUUUGGCUGGCAACAGGAAAAAAUGAAUGAAGGUGGAUGUACACAGGAAGUGGACAGCAUCUUGCAUCUCACUUGCAAGUUGAGGCCUCGACAGCCUCACACUUGGUUAAAGGUGUGGUCGUCUGGUGUUGCCAGAGAGCUUCAUACAUUAUUUGGUGUGUUGCAAAUGUAGUUGCCUGCUCUUAAAGGCUCUACAGGGAGUGUAAUUGGCCCUUUUUGGCCAACUACGCUGUGUAGUGUCAGGAACUACCAAAAAGGACCACAGCUAUUGCUAAUAUUCACAGUGCUUUCUUGAUUGUUGUGUCUUUCGCAAAUUUGGCCAACUAACAGUGUGUAAAUCAAGGGGUUUGACAAAAAGACAUACACAGCACUCUUCUAUGUUACGUCACUUCUUUUGUGCGCUGGUGUGGACUGUAGAGAAAAUUACACUUCUAGUGGCUCUAGGGCAUGUCAGUCCUCAAGUACAUUUGAGAAUAGCUAUAUUGCAUCUUACUGGAAAAAACGCCAGAAAAAUGCAUUUGCAGCCCGAGAUACCAUAGAUUAUAUUACGUAUGUGGGCAGUUUCGUUAUACAUUUUGAGUUGCCUUCUUAUGUGGCUUUGCAAAAAGGAAACUCAUAAUAGUCUUUCACAACCAAUCUGAGAUCAUGUAGGUUAGGGAUAUUGCACUUGUUCAUUUGAUGCUUCAUCCUCAUUUUCUCUAUACAAUGUGCAACAUGAGCUUUAAGAAACCUACUUCUGUGCCGUGACACAUUUUUGUUUUUGAAACCGCAAUGAACAUGAUUAUUUUUGCAUUGUGCAAAUGAUGAAAACCCUGUAUUUACACACCCAUACUUGGGAUUCCAAGAAUGGAACUGAGGGACAUUGUAUAGGCGCAGAAAUAAUUUUGGAACUGAGAUGUUUGUCACUAGUGUUUCAGACAGUGGGAUUUCCUUUUUCUUCGGUGCAACUCUUUGAGUGAAACAUUUGUUCCUAUUGUGUGUGCACGUUUGUAGUUUUGGGCUGUGGCAUGCGUGAACUGCUGUGAUAUGUCAAAAGGGUGAAAAUCCACACUUCAUGAACUGGUGAACCUGUCAUAAAAACUCGACGAAUCUGUGAUUGUCAUGAGAGGAGAGAGUCUGCGUGGGCACACCAUUAUCCAAACGCAACUGUCAAAGACAAAUGUACAUUUUUCCUGUGCUUAUAUACACUUUGGUCGUUUAAUUAAGGUGUCUUUCCUCAUUGUAGUAUAUUUAGUCACCCCUCUUCAUGUACAAGUUAAUCCCAUGUCAAAUAAAAUCUGUGCUUACAUGCAACUAA